ACCAGCAUUUUAGGUCUAGAAAAUCAGAGUUUAUACGUGUGUGUGUGUGUGUGUGUGUGUGUGUGUGUGUGUAUAAAAGAGCAAAUAUGGUGCUCUGGGAAGGGUACGUGAGCGACGAGACAAUGUGCACAUUUGGGCCAAUCGUGGCUUACUGGGUGUACGCCGGGAUUUAUCAGCUGUUGCCGCCUCCAGAAAACUACCGCCUGCACCCUAAAAGGGAGCAAGAAGACAAAAACUCCGUCUCCAUCUCCGCCGCGGUUAAAGGAGUUUUGCUUCAGCAACUUAUACAGGCUACCGUUGCUCAGUUCGUUCUUUUGUACUUCACCUCGUCGGAAGAUGCAUCUGGGAACUCAUCGCUUCAACCUUCUCUGUUAAUCCAGACUCUGCAGUUCAUCAUCGCCAUGCUCGUCAUGGACACGUGGCAGUACUUCGUUCACCGCUAUAUGCAUCACAACAAGUUUCUGUAUCGCCGUGUCCACUCUCAGCAUCACAGACUGGUUGUUCCGUUCGCAUUCGGUGCCCUCUAUAAUCAUCCAUUUGAGGGUCUGCUUGACAACGUCGGUGGGGCCGUCUCCUUCCUUGUCUCCGGGAUGACUGCUCGGACAGCCGUCUUCUUCUUCUGUUUCGCCGUGAUCAAAACCGUCGAUGAUCACUGUGGAUUCUGGUUUCCCGGUAAUAUCUUCCAUGUUUUCUUCCACAACAAUUCUGCUUAUCAUGACAUUCAUCAUCAACCCCAAGGUGCAAGAUACAACUAUUCUCAGCCUUUCUUGUCGAUAUGGGACAGGCUUCUUGGGACUCAUAUGCCCUACGAGAUUGUAAAGAGAACUACCGGAGGCUUUGAGGUGAGGCCGAGGAAAAAAGUAGCCGUUGGUGAAUAUGGUACUGAACAAGUGAUACGGGACAAUAUCAAUAUGAAGCACAAAUAUAUUAUAUAUAAUGUAGGACCUCCAGGACUGAACAGAACAUAACAUGGUCUGAUUAUGCAAAU